AUGAACGGCAUCGCCCGAAACGCGGCGCUCACGGCGCGCAAGCAGCUGUCCGCUGCGAACUUCAUAUGCCGCUCCUGUCGCCAACAGCGCCAGCGCCGGCACUACACGAGCAACAUAACCCCGCCGCCGCCCGCACCGCCCUCGGCCGGCUACGCGGCCCUCCCGUCGCGGCGCCUCAUCUCCGUCGCCGGCCCUGACGCCGCCAAGUUCCUGCAAGGCGUCAUCACGCGCGACAUCGCGUCCAAGGAGGCCCGCGCGCGGCAGACGGGCUUCUAUGCCGCCUUCCUCAACGCCACCGGCCGCGUACUGCACGAUGUCUUCAUCUACCCGGACCUCGCCGGACUCGGCGGCGACGUCGCCGCCGAGUCCGAGCAGGCCGGCACCAGGUUCCUGGUCGAGGUCGACGCGAACGAGGCCGAGAGGCUGGCGAAGCACAUCAAGCGGUAUAAGCUGCGGGCCAAGCUGAACGUGCGGCUGCUCGCGACGGACGAGGCGACGGUGUGGCACGCCUGGGACGACGGCGGAAAGCCCAUGACGACGGACGCUGCGCUGCUGAGCACCGUCACCAGAGAUCCGCGGACGCCGGAGUUGGGGUACCGCCUGGUGCACGGCAGGGACACGCCGCCGCCGCUGGACCUCGACGCGACGACCGAGGACAGCUACACCAUCAGGCGGUACAUGCAGGGCGUCGCCGAGGGCCAGGACGAGAUCAUCAGGGAGCACGCGUUGCCGCAAGAGACCAACAUGGACUACAUGAACGGCAUCGACUAUCACAAGGGCUGCUACGUGGGGCAGGAGCUUACGAUCCGGACGAAGCAUCGUGGAGUAGUGCGCAAGAGGAUACUGCCAUGCAUGAUUUACGACGUGGACAGGGCCACUCCCCAGACGCUGCAGUACCGGCCGGAGCAGGACGCAAAUCACGGUCCCGAGGGGUUGCCCGCAGAGACGAUCCCACGGGAGACGGGCAUCGGCAGAGCAGGCAAGAGGGGCAGAAGCGCCGGCAAGUGGCUCAAGGGCAUCGGCAACGUCGGCCUAGGACUCUGUCGCCUCGAGAUCAUGACGGAUGUCGUCCUCCCCGGCGAGGCGGCCGCCUCGACCUUUGACCCGGCCGACGAGUUCCUGUUACAAUGGGGCGGAGAGGAUAAGAGCAACGCAGUAAAGAUCAAGGCGUUCGUACCAGAGUGGCUAAGAAAUGGGUUGGCAUCUGCACAGUAG